AUGUCACCCAGUCCAAAAAGAAAACUCUGCAGACUGGUUGCUUUGAGCUUUGCACUUCUGUGUAUUCUUCAAGCUACACUCAACAUUUCACUGCGACUGGCUUUUUCUCGCUAUAUCCAACGAGGAUGGAUAUACUUCAAACACAGUUUAUAUUAUGUUUCAUCUACUGAAAACACCUGGAAUGACAGCAGAGAGGACUGUCUGCAGAGAGGGGCAGACUUGGUGAUUAUCAACAGCAGAGAGGAACAGAACUUCAUAAGAGAGUUUAAAAAUCGGACAUGGAUUGGACUGACUGACGCAGAAAAAGAACAGACAUGGAAAUGGGUGGAUGGGACUACACCUACCAUCAGGUUUCACACUUUGUUUGUUACAUAA